CUUCACAGCUGGUUGGGAUGUUAGCUUGUUUUCUUGGGCGCUCCUAGCUGUUUCCCACCUCUGUGUUCACUGUCUGAAGCUUCUCUCAGGAAACCAUGGCCGAGGAGGCCGAGGGUUCCCCUCUGUCGUCCCAACAUGACGAGGUGCUUCAGCAGCGUGUGGCGGCUCUGGAGCAGGAGAGGGCCGAGUUCAUCCGGCUCAAGCAGCAGCUGGAGGCCGAGUUCAACCAGAAGAGAGCCAAAUUCAAAGAGAUGUACCUGACCAAGGAACAGGAACUCAAAAGACAAACUGAGGCCCUGGAGAACUCCCAAAGCGAGCUGAGCACCGUACAGACCCAGCUGUCUCAGGCUCAGGCCGAGAUCGAGACCAUCAAAGCUGUGGCCACUGUGUCGGAAAACACCAAGCAGGAAGCCAUCGACCAAGUCCGCAGCCAAUGGCAGGAGGAGGUGGCCUCGCUGCAGGCCAUCAUGAAAGACACAGUGUGUGAAUACGAGGUCCAGUUUCACCAGCGCCUGGAGCAGGAGCGAGCCCAGUGGAACCAGUACCGAGAGGCCAUGGAGAGGGAGCUGGGCGAUUUGAGGCGCCGCCUCACAGAGGGACAGGAGGAGGAGAACCUGGAGGAUGAAAUGAAGAAGGCUCAGGAGGAUGCAGAGAAGCUGCGCUCCGUGGUGAUGCCCAUGGAGCAGGAGAUCACAGCGCUGAAGGCCAAGCUGAGCAGCGCCGAGGACAGGGUGAAAGAGCUGGAGGCGUCCAAGGUGAAGGAGCUGAAUCACGUUCUGGAGGCUGAGAAGUCGUGUCGUACGGACCUGGAGAUGUAUGUGGCUGUGCUGAACACGCAGAAGUCUGUGCUGCAGGAAGAUGCAGAGAAACUACGCAAAGAGCUCCAUGAUGUGUGUCACAAACUGGAGUUGGAGCGGCAGCAGCACAACCAGCUGAAGCAGACGUGGCAGCGGGCCAACGACCAGUUCCUGGAGUCCCAGCGCCUCCUGAUGAGGGACAUGCAGAGGAUAGAGAGUGUGCUGUCCUCCGAACAACUCCGCCAGGUAGAGGAGAUGAAGAAGAAGGACCAGGAGGAGGAUGAGAAAGAGAGGCUGAGUCUGGUGAAGGACCUGCAGGAGGACGAUGGAGGAGACAACACUGAGCCUCUGGAGGACUUUCUGGGACUGAGCAUUGAGGAGCCUCCGAUCAACCACAGCGCUCAUGGCUCCAUUCACUCCUUAGACACUGACAUUGUUGCCGGCGGCCCUUCGGAUCCCUACAAGGACAACCUACGAAGGGUCCAGUCGACCGACAGCCUCGGGUCCUCACUGUCUUCGCAGCAGGGACUCGGCGGACACAACCACAAGGCGAAGUCGGCCAGCAACCUGGACGAAUCGGACUUUGGGCCCCUGGUGGGGGCCGACUGCGGCGUCACAGACAGUAGUUUUGGUGAGACCUCGUCCAUCAGCUCCAUCAAGCUGACGGCGGGCCACUUCCUGCUGACUAAGGACCAGGAGAAAGCGAUAAAAGCCAUGACGCCGGAGCAGGAGGAGACGGCGUCGCUGCUGUCCAGCAUCUCCCACGCUCCGGACACCGCCUACUUACCACCAUCCGGCUACCGACUCGUCAGCGACACAGAGUGGAACCUGCUGCAGCAAGAGGUAAAAAACGCUGGCAGGAAGCUUGGCCGACGCUGCGACAUGUGCUCCAACUAUGAGAAGCAGCUACAGGCCAUUCAAGGACAGGAGGCUGAAACACGAGACCAGGUGAAGAAGCUGCAGGCCAUGCUGCGUCAGGCUAACGAUCAGCUGGAAAGGACGAUGAUGGAGAAACAGAGUCUAGAAGAAUCAAUAAAAGUAGGAAAUGAGGAAACUGAUGCUAAGGUAUCUGCCCUCAUGCAGAGAGUCCAGGAAUCAGAAGCGCUGCUCAGCAUGCUACAGCAGGCCUUCAGUGAGGCUAAGAGGAGCACACAGGAGCAGAUGGCGGUUCUGUUGAAGUCGAGGGAGCAGGUGGCGGAUGAGCUAAGCCGACUACAGAGAGACAACGAGAGCCUGCAGGGUAAACACCGACUGCAUCUGGAACUGCAGCAGCAAGAAGACUUCCAGAUGCCCAACACUGUGCAGGAUCUGCAGGGCCUGGUGCUGCAGUUGCGGGACGACGUUGUGGCGCUGCGGACGGCAGCUGAUCACAUGGAGGAGAAGCUAAAAGCUGAGAUCCUGUUCUUGAAAGAGCAGAUCCAGGCGGAGCAGUGUCUGAAGGAGAACCUGGAAGACACCCUGCAGCUGGAGAUCGAGGGCUGCAAGGAGGAGAUAGCGUCGUUCUCCAGCCUGAAGAUGGAGCUAGAGAGGGUUAAAGCAGAGAAGGACAAGCUGCAGAGCUGUUUAGCUGAGAAGACUGAGACGCUGGACAGCCUCCAGGCCGUGAAGAUAAGCCUGGAGCAGCAGUUCAGAGAAGUCGCCACUGCAAAGAGUGUGUUAGAAAGUCAAGUUCUGGACGAGAGAGACAAAGCCCAGCGGCUGCAGACUGAGCUGGACGUUAGUGAGCAGGUCCAGAAGGACUUUGUCAAGCUUUCUCAGACACUUCAGGUCCAGCUCGAGCGAAUACGACAGGCGGAGUCUUUGGAUCGGAUCAAAGUGAUCCUGAACGACACCAACCUGACCGACAUCAACCAGCUUCCAGAGACAUGAUGGCCUCAGACCAGAGACUGGUUUCAGUUGGGUCUCCCCCUCCGCCCCUCCUGCCAACCCGCUAACGUUAUUAUCCUAGCCGUAACCACACUGGAAGAGUUUGGAAUGACAGGAAAUCCCGGCUGUCUACGUACAUUUCAAGCUUCGAAUGGAAUAAUGAAGAAGAACACUACUAAAACAUGUAAAUAACUUAAUGUGUGACUGUGGAUUGAGAGGCUGGAAGCCCCUCUCUGUGCGAUGGGGGUCUGCCUGUGUCAUGUUUCUACUGUAGAUACGACUGUCUGUAUUAGCUCAACCAAAAACAAAAGUUUGUCAACCUCUAAUGCACUUUUCAUCUCUCCGUCUCCCUCUGUGCUCAAGGCGUUUGGUAAUCACUUCUUUAAUCCACUCACUUGUCACUCUUUGGUCUUUUUCUCUGUCCCCUCCAAAACAAAUAAUGAAGGAUGAGAAAUACUCGCACAAACUUUAACUGGGAUAAAAGGAUCAUAAUGCAACCAAUAGCUUCUAUUUCCUUAAGGAUUUCCUGUUUUCGGUGCUCAUAUUGUCUCAAAGUGUUUCAUCAUUAAGAGCUUAAGUGGAACAUUUUCAUCUGAAUCUGAAUUUGCAGGCUUUAGUUUUCUCCCUGACAGUCAGAAAACACUAUUUAACUCCAGGAACACUCAGAGAAGGAAAAAAGACAAUGAGACAUCAAAAUAGAAUGGCAUGGAUUUUAAUUUGCUUCUGUUUAUGGUUUCCUUUUUUCAGGUAUUUCUUGACCUGAUGAUCUUAAUGUCUUUUUGAAGAUCUUAUUUGUUAGUGGACAGAAGAAGUGGAUUCUUAAUGAGCUGUUUUCUCUCCUCCUCCUCUUCUCCCCCCUCUGGCUGCUUGUCUUCACUAAACUGUCAUGAAAUGGUUCGUCUGUCACUACAAGAACUUCUGUUGUCUGUGAACUGAUUUGAAUUAAAUGACCUCAAAAGUU